GCCAUUAGAAGAUUUCUCUCCUUUACUGAAAACUGAUGAUUAAAAAAGGGGAGUUGAAUGCUAAGAAUUCUGUCUGCAGUUGUAUUUUAAGCCUUCAAAAAUUUGGUCAGAGUACACCAUUACAUAACUGUUAAUUUGCAUUUCCUUCUAUUUUAAUACUCUUUUUGGUAUCCUCUUCUUAAAAGGUCUUUCAAAAUAAGCUACAGAUGAUAAUUCAGUUAUUUAAUAUUUUUCCAGUGCCUGCUGAAUUCAAGGCAUUGUGCUAAGUGAGCACAAUGAUGAUGCAAAGAAAAAUAAUACAUGGGCCCUAUUUUCCAGGAGCUUAUAAUUUAGUGCAGAAAGACCUGCCUACAAAUAACUAUAAUGUGUAGCAGUAAGAGAAAGUCACAGUAGGAGGAGAUCUGGGAAAGGAGAAAUCACAUCCAGCUCAUUGUGUGGAUGGGGGAUAAUGGAAGGCUCUAUGGAAUCGUGGAUCAUGGAAUACUUAAUGUUUGAGUAGGGUCUUGAAAAGGGGACAGGAUUUCAAUAGGCAGUAAUGCAAAAUGGCUGACAAAGCAAAGUCUGCCAAAGCUGCCAACAAGACUCCCCCCAAGUCUCCUGGAGAUCCUGCCAAGGAGAAAUCAGGUAAACGUCUCUCCCUGGAAUCUGAGGGCACUAAUGAGGGGGCCACCGCCCCAGAACUCAGUGCCCUGGAGGAGGCCUUCAGGAAAUUUGCAAUCCACGGAGACACCAGAGCCACGGGGAAAGAGAUGCAUGGAAAAAACUGGUCAAAACUCUGUAAGGAUUGCCAAGUAAUCGAUGGGAAAAAUGUGACAACCACCGACGUGGACAUCGUCUUCAGUAAAAUCAAAGGGAAGUCCUGCAGAACAAUUACUUUUGAACAAUUUAAAGAAGCUCUGGAAGAACUCUCAAAGAAACGAUUUAAAGAUAAGAACAACGAGGAGGCCAUCCAGGAGAUACACAAACUCAUUGAAGGAAAAGCCCCAAUAAUCUCUGGAGUGACGAAAGCCAUCUCCUCUCCGACCGUGUCGCGCCUCACAGACACCUCCAAAUUCACCGGUUCCCACAAGGAGAGGUUCGACCCGUCUGGCAAGGGGAAAGGCAAGGCAGGGCGAGUGGACUUGGUGGAUGAGUCAGGCUACGUGCCUGGAUAUAAGCACGCGGGCACGUACGACCAUAAAGUCCAAGGGGGUAAAUAGGAGUAGCCUGCGGAGAACGAGCGAGCCUUGUCGGGAUGGCGCACUGUUCAGGUUGGCAAGAAUGCGAAGGUGAUGAUGUUGGAAAACGCUUUCAGGAACUGGAACUUAUUCUACCACCUGCUGAGGUCCUCACAGCACAGGGCAACACUUCUUUACAUUCCUCGUGUUUAACGUGGGCAAAAGCAAAGGGAAAAAACAAAAAAACAAAAAAAACAAGUCUCUGAGCUUUAGGCAAGAAACCAAAUGGAAGGGCCUUUUUCUUUGUUCUUUUCUCUGAUCUACACCAUAUCAGUAGUGCCAAGAGGCCAAAAACAUUCCCAAAUGUUCAGCGUGGCUUCGGGGGGAGCGUUCUCCUGGCUCGCUUCAUGCCCUGCGUGAGGGGGCUGAUUCCUUCCUAAUGAGUCCACUCUGCUCUCCGAGACAAAAUGCUGAGCAUUAAACUGGGAAGUAAAUGGCUGUUUCUCCAUCCACAUGACCACCCUAUUUGAGAGCAGAGGAAGUUUCUUCCUAGAAGGCCAGAGAAAUGUAGCCCUGGGAUGAUGGGUAUGUGAGCAGGGGGGUCACAGGGCAAUCUCCGAGUGUCUAAGGUGGCCUCUUUCCCUUUUGUGAACCGUUCUCACUUUCAUCCAAAUCACCACUGUGGACAAGGAUCAAAACAAGCAAGGGGGAAGGAGGGAGGUUGCAAUUAGAGCUAAUCUACUAACUAGGAAAAAAAAAGACAACUAAAUUAAGGCUUAAGUGGGGGAAAUCAAGACUGAAGGAUGGCCACAGUUUGUUUCUAGGCUUGCACUGCCACAUAGUGGGUGUGAAGGGCACUGGGAGUCUCACACCCAUGUUUAACUAAAGCCUAACAUUGCUGAGGUUUUGCCCAGGAUUUGGCCACGCUGUGUGUCUUUAUGGGGGGGGGGCAGGAGUCUAGUACAUGUGAGCACCACUCCACACACCAAUAUCUUUUCAGCUAGCUCUGAGGUGAAAAGUUUGAAAUCUCAAAUAACAUGGUCAAAGGAGAGAGAAGGAAGUCUUCUGAGCUUGGACAGGAAAACCUCUCAGUUUACAAAAAGCGAAUCAUCCCCUCGCCUCUCCUCCUCCUCUAGGGCCACAGAAAAAUGACUCAAGAGUUUGAAGUGAAAGUUUCCUAAUAUUUAUGAGGCAUGUGAGCAAAUUAGGAAAGGCAUUGGUUCUCUGUAUGCAUCACAGAGUGCUCAUUUCAUAUUACUUAAUACGAAAAACAGUUCUAGCCAUUGUGAUGGCUUUUAUGUCUUACAUCCUGCAAGCAGAAGUCCAGAACAAAACCAUUAUUUGUCACUGCUUUUCCCUUCUUUGAAACUAAACCCAACACGUCAUUAAGUCCAAAACAUGCAAUGAAACUGCCUGAUGAUUUUUUUUUUUAGCCUGGGUACUUGCAGUUGACCAUUUAAAGCUUUGCUUUUCCUUUUGUGAAAUGGAGUUCAUGCAUUAACUUUAAUUAUAUGUAACUUUGACUAUUAAAAGUUAAUCAACUUUACAGUCUCUCUCUGUUUGUCCCUUUUCCCUUUUUGGAUUCAGUACAGAUUAGGAGCAUCUUUCACAGUAGAGUCAGGACAGGAUUAUGUAGGCUGGCUUUGCACACAAAGUCAAGAUUACCUCCUAGUAUAGACAAUAAUAUUCAGUCAGAAUCCAUCCCCAUCCCCUGCUCCCACUUUUUUAAACUCUCAAACUGUCUUUUGCUUUUUUUUUACAGCAAUUUACUCUUAACUGACUUUCCCUUGGAAGCCUUCUUUAUAAACUUGGCCUCCCCUGAACUGUUCCAAUCCCUAACAGGACAGGAAACCAAAACAACAAAAAUAAACAGAGGAAAGAAACCUCUCUUAGAUCCUGGAUUUUUGUUUGGAUUUUGUUUUGUGUUUGUGAGAAAAGAGAAACCCAACCAUGAGUCCAUUUUUCAGCAUGCCCCGACCACUACUUGUGUUAUGGUCUCCCAACCUUUCUGCCAUCCCUGAAUCUAUUCAGGUUUCUUGAAGGUACCAAGAUAGUUUUUGUGGAGGCACGACAGAGUCACUGUGGUUAUGUCUGUCUUUUUAAACGUAGAUCAAACAAGGUCCCUGCCUCAUUCACAAACCACAAAAAAGAGUAAGUGUCUGCACACAUUUCCACCCACAUUCAUGCUCAAUAUUUGUGGCUGAGCUACCAUUUUCAUAGUAUUACUAUAUUUGCCAAUUUGUUAAGCAUGCAUGUUUGUUUAGGUCUCAGGAAUCUUUACGUCGUAUUUAACACCGUUUUAGUCAUGGGAAUAUUCAUACCUUUAGAGAAGAGGUGACCAUAGGUUUUGCUAUGAGUUGAGUAUUACGUAGAGGCUUGGAUAACUAACAGGGCUGUGCCUUGACCCAAGAGUGAAUUUAUUGACUUGCUUAGUCAGGCAUCAAGGCAGGGAAAGCUCUGGAUUGUUCCUUCCCUCCCACCCUGAACCUGGAGAGCCUGAAACAUAAACCCCGUGUCUUGUGGUGUUGGUGCUUUUUGUUUUGUUUUUUCAAUAGAUGGGCAGAUGCAGACUGUGCGCCCAAUACCUCGGGGCCCAAGGGUGCCGCUCCCUGACCAGCGAAGGAUCCCCUAGCUGGCAGCGGUCUCCCUUUGGGCCACAUAGAAGCUGGAAAUGGAUCGUUUUUGUGUGGUCUCCUAUUUAGUUUCAACAGAUAAUGUCAUAGAAUUAAGAUCCUGAAAGGUUUCCUGCCUCAGCCUCCCCACAGUUACCAUAUGCCAUCAUUAACUUUAUCAUUCUUUCCCCUCAUUCUUUCAUUCACUAGUUCAACAAAUAUUACAAUGCAAGGCACCAUGCUAGGCACUGGGGGAGAUGUAAAACCAUGUGACAUGGUCCCUGCACCCAAGGAGGUCACAAACUAGUAGGGGAGACAGAACUAAAGCACAGUCUUUUGUACUAUUCUAUAAACAAAUUCUGCCUUAGGAGAGUAACUAUGUCAGCUGGUCCAAUAUUGGGUCAUUGAUUCACGCAAUGCCCCUGGGGACUAAAUCAUCCUAACUGUUUUGCUUUAGCUUGUGGGCCCAGGACCUGGGAAGCAAAGCUCUGGGUGGAGUUUCCUUCCCACUCUGGUUUAGUCUACAAACUGGCAAUUCAGUUUGCUUUUUCCCAGUGGAAAGAGUAAAAGGCUCUUCUCUAAUUUUCCAUCCCCAGCAAAAGAGAUUCUGAAGCACCUGCUCGUGAAAUACUAAUGCCAACUCCUAGGCAUUUGGGCUGAGGUGAGGCAGGAAAUAGAACAAAGAUGCCUCAGUCAUUUCCCUUGUGGUUUUGAUGCAUUUAUACCAAGUGGUCUUAGAGAAAUCAAAAGGAAGUGACAGGGAAGUUUAUUAGCCAGCAAAGAAUCCCUUGGCUUGAGACAAGGCGUGAUUCCAUACAAAGGAUCAAGGAUGAUGCAGACAGAGAAGGGAUCUUAGAGGGCUUCACAUCAUUUUAUGGAUGAAGAACUGAGGAUGAGGAAGGAUUAGUAAGUGUCAAAGGUGGGAUUUGAAUCCAGGUUUUCCUGACUCCAAGUCCAGUAGUAAAAUGGAGGUUUGGAACAGCGAUCAGGAGAGCAGAAACAUUGGCUUGAGUUUUCAGGGUAUUUCUGAUUAAAGCAUUGCCUUUCAGGCUCAGUACUCAUCAGGUCUGUGCCUGAGGCUGCCAGAUAGCUAGACCCAUAACCCUGUAAUGGACUUUUAAAAUGGCAGGGUAAGAGAUGUGGCCUCUAAAACCUGAGCCUUUCUUCUUCCCUUAAGUACUAUGCUGUCCUUUAUGAUCUCUGAGCUGAGUUUACAAAAUCUCCUCCUAACUUUAGUGUCAAAGGAAACCCCAACUAAGGUCACCCUGUUCAGUGCGUGGGGGUGGAUGGGGAGUGGGGUGCUGUGCCGGCCAUCAGGGCCCCUGCUCCCCCUUCCCCCCAGAACCUUUACUGGCUCCAUUCUGGAAGCUCGGUAAGCACAUCGUGGCAUGCAAACACAUAGACAGAGCGAUUCACACUGUGGGCACUCUGCAGAUGCUGUGCAUGAGUUGGAGCCAGUCACAGCCUGAGGACGUGAAAAUGCAGCGGUUCUCGUAAAGUAGCUGGUGAUACAUCUCAGUCUGCAUUUCUCCUGGCUUUCCUCACCAGGUCGGACCAAUGUGCAAAGCACAUCUCUUAUUUAUUGAUUAUUAUUAAUAAUUAGGUUAAUUAUUGCCGGAAAAAUGCUUUUGCAAAACUAUGAAAACUGGAGGUGCAGUAAAAAGCCCUAAAACCCACCUGUUUGUUCUGGUAACUCCAUCCCUCAAACUUUCUCUUACAGUCCAGGGGCUAUAACCAAUUCCUUGUUUUUGAUUGAAUUGACACCCCCUCCAUUUUCUACAGAGACGCCCAGUUUGGGGCAGGGAAGGAGCUUGUAUGAAUGUAGGUCCGCUCUGGAAAAGUGGAAUGGUCCCUGCCUCCCUCCACGGUUUGUCAAACACCCUACAGUAGAGGAAGCCCAAGAGAGCCAGACUUGGCUUUUCUCCUUACGUUCUUUAAACAGGCAAGUUACUCCUCCAGCCAAGGGCUACAAAACAACCAAGGAAAAGGGGAAGUUCCGCGCAUUGGGCGCCAUUCUGUGUUCUCUUUUACAUCUCACAUAACUGGUGUGAGCAGUCCCUCUGCCCCUCAAUAUAUACUUCACAGAACUUUAAAGGGGCAAAGCAGGGCAUCUGUGGGCAAAGAUUUUAAUGAAUCCAUGAUAGGGCCUAUCCCAAAGGAAAAAAUAGUCCCUGAAUCUUCAGUGGCAGCUCUCAUGGAGUCCUCACACCUUUCUUUUUGAGGCUUCUUUUAUCCAUAAAAUACUGAAAGGAGUGAGGCUAGAGAGAGCCACAAAUAUAUUAGGUCCUGACUAAUAGUAAUGUUCCGUUGUCUUGAACCAAGGACAAAAGUCUUUAAUUUCUUUUUAAUAUUAAUUAUAUUAUUAUUUUAUUUUAUUUAUUUAUUAAUUAAAUAUAAAUUAAUAAUAAAAAAACCCAAAUGCAGAAGAGAUUUGCCUUAAAAGGAGAAGGUGGCAAGUGUGACAAGCUAAGGAACAAGAGUCUAAUGCUCCCAAACGUUAGCGAGCCAAGUUCAAGUACUCUGGAAAUAUCAAGGUUCAAUUCACUUAAGAAAUGAUGCCUCUCAAGCAGGAAUGUCCUUUUACCCCGCUCAAGAGUGAAUUGACCAGGAGGGAUAGAGGGAGGAAAUUAAGCAAUUCACACCAACCAGGCACCCCCUAGAGAAUUGUAUAAAAGAGAAACAAAUUCACUCUAAGUCCUUGGUAAGAAAACUUAAAGUAUGUUCAAGAAAAUUUACCUAGGAAAAAUGUUUAUUCUAUUGUCUCCCAAUUAAGCUGAAUUUGAAAUUCUACUAGAAACACAGAGGAAAAAGACUCAUGGAAAUAAGUUUAAAUAAGUAAAAAAACCAUGAAAAAUUAGGAAUAUGGCUCUUUUUGCCCAUUUAGCUCCCUUUAAUUAUAUCUCAGAACUGCUCAAAAGUUAGUUGUUUCAACAAAGUUAAGAAAAUAGGCCCUUUGGUGUCCUCAUCAAUUCUACAGUCUCCCCUGUAUUAGGAGAGUCUGCUUUUCCUUCUGCUUGAGGCCAUGCCACCGGGGAGUGUUGGAUUUCGGUUCACUAAGCAAUUGGCGAAGCAUCUGUUUCUACAAAACCUUUAUGACCCGUUCACAUUCAACCAUAUUCUUCUGUGAUUUAUGAUUUUCCUUUGGUCUAGUACUAAAAUAUAGGUUGUGUUUUUGAUCCAGGGUCUUGGCUGUGUAGGCUUUAGAGAGUGCUCAUCAAUGUUUUAAGAGGCCUUUCAUUGAAUAAUGGGACAACAUGUUAUCACAGAUAGGGCACCAGACUUGGAGUCAAAAAGAUGGGAUCACAAAAAGACCUGGGUUCAAAUUCUCCCUUAAACACUUAAUAGCUGUGUAGGGCAGAUAGAUGGCUCAAUAGAUGAAGUACUUAUCCUGGAGUCAGGAAAACUUGGGUUCAAGUCCAGUGUGUGGCCCUGGGCAAGUCACUUAACCUUGUUUGCCUCAAUUUCCUCACUUGAAAAAUGAACUGGAGAAGGCAAUAGCAAACCACUCCAGUAUCUUUGCCAAGAAAACCCCAAUGGGGUCAUAAGGAGACAGACAUGACUGCACAUGACUAAACACAACAAACAAGUGGAUGAUCUUGAGCCCCUUUCUUCACCUUUAAAAUGAGAGGGUUGGACAUAAUAGCUUUUAAGAUCCAUAGAUUCUAUGGCUGUAAAAUAAGAUUCGUCUUAUUCCUUGAAAACCUGGGCAACAGGCCUGUCACUUCUGACUCCCCACCAUUCUUGGUGGGAGACAAAUGAGAGUGAAUCAGUACGUAGGGUUUAAAGUAUGACAUUUUUCCACUUGAGCAGACAACCUGUGGGGAGAUCCAGGGUCUAAUUUUUACAGCAGAGUGUUUCAGCAGUUUACUUCCUGCCAUUUGAGUACACCCAAGCCUCUCUGUGCCCGUGUAUAGCUGAGGAUAGAGGCAUCUUUCCUUUAAAAAGUCAUUUUAAACUCCAAAUAAAGCUUUGAGAAUAUAUACUCAUUUGCCUAAUUGUAUUUCAUCAUUUCUCUGAUAUGAUAAAUAUUAAAAUAAUUCCAGCGAGCAUCACAACGCCAUUGAAAUGUCCCAGUGAGCUGGUCAGUGGGCUUCGUCAUGUGUGUUAAACGAUGACCCUUUGCCUGGAUUUGGAAUCUGUGCCCCCAAAACAUGUCUGUGCAUUUUCCUUGGUUCCGUUUCUGGAUAUUGUAUAUAGCAUAUAGCCUGGAUGUUUGCCUUUCUUUGUUGCAUGGUUUUAUGCAAUGCCAAUUAGCUUUUCUUAAACAAGGUUAAAUAAUUAAACUUUUCUUAGCUGGGAGUUGGGAUAGGAGAGGGACCUACACAGUUUACACCCUGAAAACACUCACCAAUUUCUGUCAUAGAAAGGGGGUGUUAUAGGAGGGUGUCAGCCUCAAGAGAGAAAGGUAAGAGCUUGCCUCGUAAUGCUGACCAUACUAAAUUAUUUAUGUUUCUAUUUAAGUGCUACAUAAAAUGACAAAUGGUCAGUGCAGAGGAGACAGGUUUAGCAGAGAGGUACCAAAAUCCAAAUUCUAAUUAUAUUAUAAAUAUAAAAUGUCAUAGCAAGAGUUAUAUAUAUAUAUAUAUACAUAUAUAUUUAUACAGGAGUAUUUUUCAAAUGUUUUAAUGCCUUUAAAUCUUUCAAGAUUUGGACAGAUGAAAAUGAUGGCAAUGCCAAGAAAUCACAACUUAAGAAGCAUGGGAGCUUUGCUAUCACAUGGAGUCCUAUUCUUUAGUCUCCAGAUUUCCUGACUAAUUGCUGUCUUGUGCUGUCCCACCUCGACCCACUGAAAUAACCUCCUGAUGAUGCCUGGACAUGCAUGAGCCUGGGCAAGCCCAUCUUCUAUUCAGCAGCUGGGAUCCAGCUACCUGGAAUAGAAUCUGUCCCCAUUUUAGGUGCCUGGUUGAACAGUUAAGAUGGCUGUUGGGUCUGUCUUCCUUGAGGUAAAGGUACCAAUAGCUUCAGUGAACUUCCCCAACCCUCCAUCCUAACUCCAAGCAAAAGUUGCUGUGUGCUUUUUGUUACCUUGUCUUUUGCAGUGUUGAAUAUAGCCUCUUAGAUUAACGUUCAGCUCUACUGUGAAGUUUUCGAUCUACUAAAAAGCCUUGGGGGGGGGGGCUGGGGAACCCCGCAAAAACUUGCAAAGUUGUUUUCUAUUGACUUACUACUGACUGCUUGCUUAAAUUCUGCAAGCAAACAGCUUAGCUUUUUAGAGCCGGGGAGGAUGGGUAUUCCUCAAUCAGGACAGUAGUGGCAAAAUGAGCACACGUGGGCAUUGGUGCUUCACUUUUUUGAUUGUGGCAGUCAGAUAUCUUCCAGAAAAAAACUGAAAGAUAUGAUCCGAGGGCAUCCAUGGGCUUCCAUCCUGAGAGUGAGAGCCCUGGUGAAGGGAAGGCACAACUGGAGGCAUCCUACUGAACUUUGACACUCUUCAUUGAACUGCCAUCUUGUCCUUACACUACUGGGGCUAAGGGUUGGGCGGGGGAAGAAAACUUAAAAGAAACUUGAAAGGGAUCACAUACUACUAGUUUGUACUAAGUUUUUCAGGAAAGGGAAACAAAUUUAUAUAUAUAUAUGUGAUAUAUUUUUACACUGUUUUAUUAAUGCUAGAAAGUAUUAAAUGUUUCACUUUAUAUGUGUAAGUCAUGACAAUAUUAUGAACAUUGAAACUUUGUGAGGUGGUGUCACUAACUUCUAAAACUUUAUUAAUCUUGGAUAAGCUAUAUUGUCAAAAAUGAACAUUGCUUUUCUUGAUAUAUAGCCAGCUCUCUGGAGUCAACCUGAAUAAACCUGAAGUUCCAAUGUAGCCAUUGUCUGACUAGAAAAUGCUUGGCUUGCAAACCUUUAAUAUGACAAAUAUUGUAUGGAUAUCAUUUCUCCUGGAGGAUUGCAACUCAUGGUGUAUGUUUUUUGCUAUUGAUUGUAUACAAUUAUAUGUUCAGUUGACAAAGUGAUUAAUAAAUGUGUUAAAAUAUGG